UGGAGACGGUCGCGAUAACAGUGAUCAGGCAACAGCAAAGAGUCAGCAUCACAAAAUUCGCGCCAGAGUCUACUUUCGCAUUACAGGAGCUCACUAGCGGUGCCUGCUCUCAUCUUCCCGGCCUACCUUGAACACUCGACAUCAUGGGCCCCGCGCCGCCCAACAGCCAGAUGGCUCCUCUGCCUACGGACCUCCCCUUCCGGCUCGUCAGUAAGACGAUUGGACAAGGCGCAUACGCUUCCAUCCGCAAAGCCGUCCCACACAACUCGCCCAAGCCCGUCAUCGCCAUCAAGUUCAUCAACAAAGAACAUGCCCUGCGAACCGGCCGCCUCACGCCGAAACAAAUAAAGAUGGAGAUUGUAUUGCACUCGCAUCUCGGGAAGCACCAUAACAUCAUACACUGCCUGGGCUCUGGAGAGGAUGCGCUGUGGACAUGGAUUGCCAUGGAGUUGGCUGAGGGCGGGGACUUGUUCGAUAAGAUCGAGGCAGACGAGGGCGUGGGCGAGGAUAUUGCGCACUUCUACUUCACCCAAUUGGUGAAUGCUGUGACAUACAUGCACAGUAAGGGCGUCGCGCAUCGCGACAUCAAACCUGAGAACGUGCUAUUGAGCGCCGAGGGAGACCUCAAACUCUCUGACUUUGGAUUGGCAGCACUCUUCAAGAAGGACGGGCAACUACGACUAUGCAAUACCGUCUGUGGCUCGCCGCCUUACAUUGCUCCGGAGAUUGUAUCAGGAAGGCGAAGCAAGAGAGCUGAUAUGCUAGACAGUGGCUAUGCAGCGAAUAUUUGCGACAUCUGGAGUUGUGGUAUUGUUCUCUUCGUUCUCCUUGUCGGCAAUACACCUUGGGACGAGCCGACCAAGCGUUCGGCCGAAUUUAAGGAAUACGUCGAAACCGGAGGGCACACUACCGAUGAGCUCUGGAGCAAAAUCCCUCCUGAACUCACCAGUCUGUUACGUGGUAUGCUGAAAGUCGACCCUAAAGAACGCUUUACCCUCGAUGAAAUACGCACACACCCCUGGUGUACACGCAAGAACCCAUACUUGACAGCGAGUGGACGCAAUGCGAAUCCAGUGGGACUGGCGACACAGAUGUUAUCCCAAUUACGCAUCGAUUUCUCAAGACCGCCGACGCAAUCCCAACGUGGAUGUUCGCAAGAUGUAAAUGAAGAUGGGGAUGCCAUGGACAUCGACACUGAUUCAGAUCCUCGUCGCUCAAGCGCUGUACAUUUCCUUUCUUCAACGCAACCCGAGACUCCAUCUGCGGAAACACCUUUCGACUGGGAGCGACCUCCACGUAUCGCCUCUUACGACGGAAUUUCCGCAUCGCAACCUGUCUCGAUACCCGAUAACCGUCCUAUCAAUACGAGCUCGACGCCUUAUCUAUCCCAACUUCCUUCUUCAACACAAGAUAUGCUCUCUCAAGACCCCUCUAUGACACAAUUCAGCUCCACCCCUGGCGUCCCUCUGACUUUUACUCAAGCAGCCAGGAAGUUCGCCGACAUCCUUCCUUCCUACUCUCUGGCACGUUUCAUCUCUCCCCAUACUCUCGGCCUUCUUAUGCCACUUCUCCUUACCGCUUUGCAUCGGCUAGGUGUCCCUGCACCAUCCUUUAGUGAAGCGCAGAUCGAGGAAGCAGAGACAGCAGGGACAGCUAGUAUACGCGUGAAGAUGGCAGAUGGGCGGAGACAAGGCUUGAAUGGCCAUAUUGUCAUCGAGCAAGCAAUAUAUGAAGGGAGUGCGUAUUGGGAGGUGAGGUUCGUUAAAGCGAGUGGAGAUCCGUUGGAGUGGAGGAGGUUUUUCAAGAACAUGGUGCUUUGCGUGGGCGAUGUGGUAUUGCGGCCCAAUUAGAUAAGAACAAAGACACAUUACGGAGGUAAUAUGUUGAUAUACCCUGGGUUGUAUAAUGAUGGGAUGGGAUCAUAGGCGUUGGCUAAGCAUUUAACGAUAUAGGCAGAUGGACUGAGAACUGGGCUAGGCUGGCGUGGAUAUAUCUAUGGGGCUGUUGGCAAUUGACGCUGUAUUCUACGGAAGACGAUAUGACAACAGCAUCAUGAAUACGUGAAACAGUUCACUGCUGGUGGUCGUGUAACAAGUCAAUCAUCUCAGAGAACAACAGUAUCCCAAAUUGUACCAUUAGGUAAUAAC